AUGUGGCGUCAAGGAGAAGCGCCGCAGUAUUCCAAGAAUGCCACAAUCGUGUACCUCUAUAAAUGCAAAGGGAACCGCCAGCUCUGGGACAACCACCGAGACAUUUCCCUACCGAACAUCGCCGGGAAGACCAUUGCUCGCAUCCUCCUCAACCGCCCGAAGAAGCAUGUGGAACUGGGUCCCCGACCGGAAAGGCAGUGCCGCCUUCGCUGUCAUCGUGGAACAACCGACAUGAUCUUCACCGCCUACCAGCUGCAGGAGAAAUGUCAGGAAAUGUGGACCCACCUCUAUUCUACCUUCGUCGAUCUGACGAAAGACUUCGAAACGGUGAGUCGCGAAGGACUCGGGAAAAGCGCGCAGAAAUUCGACCGUCCCGAGCCAUUCACUCAGAUGGUGCGCCAGUUCCACAAUGCCAUGAUGGCACGAGUCACGGAUAAUGGAGCUGUCUCAGAGGCAUUCGCAGUGACCCACGCAGUGAAGCAGUGCUCAGCUGUCACGCCUACCCUCUUCAGCCUCAGGUUCUCUGUCAUACUGAUGGACGCCUACCGUGACGAACGUCCCGGGCUCCGUGUCGUCUACAGGAUGGACGGCGGCCUCCUCAAUCAGCAGCGGAUGCACUUCCAGUCGCGUGUCUCCACAACCGUCCACGAACUUCUUCUCACCGAUGACUGCACCCUCAAUGCAACUACUGAAGGAGACAUGCAAAGGAACAUGCAUUUCUUCGCCGCCGUCUGUGACAACUUCGACCUGAUCAUCGACACGGAGAAAACAGUGGUCAUGCACCAACCGCCACCCAAUACAGGCUACAAGGCGCCGCAAAUCAGCGUGACCGGAACCCAAGUGCAAGUUGCGGACAACAUUACAUAUCUGAGUAGCACCCUCUCACGCAGCGCCGAAGUCGACGAGGAAGUAUCCCGUAGCAUUUUCAGGGCCAGCCAAGCAUUUGGCCGUCUGUAA